AUGAAUCGCAAUGGAAAGGAAUUGGGCUUCAGCCUCAAAGAAAUCUGCCUCAAGGUCAUUGCAGAUCAUAUUGAUGAAUGGUUUUGCUCGUCGAUAUCGGAGUUAACAUUAAAAAAUUCAAUGUAUGUUCUUGGUCCAUUCGAAUGCCUCGCAAAGUUUAAGAAUUUGAAACUGCAACCGGUGGUUCUAACACAGUUCAACUCCAGUCCGGCUUUGAGCCGAAUUGCUGUGAUAGCUAAUUAUAUGAUCGAUUCCGAAUCAACUCAGCAAUUAAUCAACUUAUUAAGUAUGAAGAAGAAACUUAAAGUAAUGCACCUGCACCUACUGUUGCAUUCACGAUUGGAAGCAAUCGAUUUUACCGUGCCGUGCGCUUUCAUGAAUGAUAUCUUUAUUAAAAAGCUCGAAUAUCGAUGUCCGAAAUUAAUCAGAAUAUCUUUAAAGAACUGUUCCAAAGUAACGGCAAAGGCAAUCAAGUGCUUGGCUGAAGCUUUCAAUGCAUUACAGUAUCUCGAUCUUAGCAAUUGCUACAUGGCUUGUAAAGAUGAUGUGUUAAGCUGCAUUGGAAAUAACUGUGCACAAUUACGGCAAUUAAUUUUAGAUGGUUGUAGCAUGAUCACCGAUACUGGAAUAAAAAAUUUUUGCCAGUGUUUUGCCAAAGCUAAUCGAGAUCGCAAAUUAUUAAGGAAAUUGAGCCUAGUUAAUACACAGAUUACGGAUGCAGGUUUAAGGGAAGUAUUACAGACCUUUCGGCUGCUUUCCACACUUUCCGUCAGUGGAUGUAGAGACAUAGUAGAUCCAUUUUGUUCUUUCAUUCCUCAAAAAAAACUAUUUAGUCUUUCUAUUCUUGACCUAUCAAAUACGGGCAUUAAUGAUAUAUCUGUUGACCAUAUAACGACUCUAUGUCCUGGCUUACAUGAUAUUAACAUUAGUAAUUGUGAUAACGUAACAGACGUUACUAUUACUACUAUUAAUAGUAUUAGUGGAGUAAGAAGUUUUUCUAUUGCCGGUUGUCAUUUAAUUACGUUUACUAUUGGAAUUAUCCCUUUACUAUAUAAUCAUGGAUAUCAACUGGAAACGCUCAAUCUUUCCGGUAUGGAUAAUAUCGACUUAGCCGCUAUCUGGCAUCUUUGUCCUCGAUUAAAAGUAUUAAUAAUGGAAAGCUGCAAAGAUAUUUGUAAAACACCUACAUAUGGAAUAGAUACCAAUCAGAGUCGCCAUCUUCAUUUACAGAAACUAAAUCUGAAAGACAGUACAUUUUAUCAAGGGGAAGCAGACGUUGACGAAAGUCGUUCAGAUUGUUUAAAAUUUAUAAAGAAAUUUUGUGGUAAUACAUUGAAGUAUUUAUAUUGGAGUAGGAUGGAAGGAAUUACUGAUUCAUUAAUUUGUGAUUUUCUAAAUGAAGAUUGCUUCAAUUCUUUAACUUAUUUGGAAUUACGUUACUGUCAUUAUAUCACAAGUGAUAGCCUAGAACAAAUUUUACAGUGUUGUCCAUCUUUGCAACAGUUAGAUAUUCGCUUCUGUCAGCAAAUAUCCACCGCCAAUAAUGAAGAGCUGAAAUCAUACGCAGAUGAGAUAAAUCAUAAUGUUACAAUCCUUUGGGAAUAA